ACAACAGGACGAUAGAAAUUUGGACAUUGGAUCUCAUAAGAAAAUGACAUCUCCCCAUUUCAAGCUAUAUAAAGACCAUCUAAGCCCAAUGUUUGCAUCAAUUACCAGUUCAAACUCGAUUUAAAGUUCUUUUCUUGAACUAUUCUGUCAUUUUAGAACCACAACUGAAAUUUGAAAAUGGCUGCUUCAACAAUGGCUCUCUCAUCUUCAUCAUUAGUUGGGCAGGCAGUGAAACUAGCUCCCUACACCCCUGAGCUUGGAGUCGGAAGAAUCACCAUGAGGAAAACAGCCACCAAGCCUGUUUCCUCUGGAAGCCCAUGGUACGGCCCAGAUCGUGUCAAGUACUUGGGCCCAUUCUCUGGUGAGCCCCCCUCCUACUUGACUGGUGAGUUCCCAGGUGACUACGGUUGGGACACUGCAGGGCUCUCUGCUGACCCAGAGACCUUUGCUAGGAAUCGUGAGCUUGAAGUCAUCCAUGCUAGGUGGGCCAUGCUUGGAGCUUUGGGAUGUGUCUUCCCUGAGCUGUUAGCCCGUAAUGGUGUCAAAUUUGGUGAGGCUGUGUGGUUCAAGGCUGGAUCCCAAAUCUUUAGUGAGGGUGGGCUUGACUACUUGGGCAACCCAAGCCUGAUUCAUGCACAAAGCAUUCUUGCCAUCUGGGCUUGCCAAGUGAUCUUGAUGGGUGCUGUGGAGGGUUACCGUAUUGCUGGUGGACCUCUUGGAGAGGUGACCGACCCACUUUAUCCCGGGGGAAGCUUUGACCCACUGGGCUUAGCUGAUGACCCAGAGGCUUUUGCUGAGUUGAAGGUGAAGGAGAUUAAGAAUGGAAGAUUGGCCAUGUUCUCGAUGUUUGGAUUCUUUGUUCAAGCCAUUGUGACCGGAAAGGGCCCAUUGGAAAACCUCACAGAUCACCUUGCUGACCCAGUGAACAACAAUGCUUGGGCCUACGCCACAAACUUUGUUCCCGGGAAGUGAACAAAACAUGUACUACAUUAUCAUUACUGAGAGCAAAGAAAACGCACCAGAGUUAAUGAGAAUGAUUUAUGAUUUGCAGAAGGGUCUAGUAGGACAUGUAUCGAAAUCUGUUUCUGCCGAAAAUAUGAAUUAUAUGAAUGAAUUUACCUUCUA